AACCAAGAAGCGGCCAUGCCAGGGCGGAGAAACAGAGGCGGAGCAAGCGCGCCUGCUGGAGUUGCUCCUCCCGGACCUGGAGAGAGGCCACGCUCCCGGAGCUCCAGGACCCCGGCGGCCGCCACCUUGGAGCAACGGCUGCGUCGCAGUGUCGAGCGGGAGAUAAACGAGGCCAGGGCCAUGCAGCGCGCCGAGGCCGGACAAGGGAGCUCCUCCCCCUCCCCCUCCGCUCCGGCAUCAUCGCGGUCAAGAUUCUGGCCGCGAGCGCGGCAGGCGGCUAGGAAGGUUCUUGGCAUCAGCAAGAAACCAUCCCCGGGGUCAGCAGCAGGAACCCCGCACGGGCAGGAGACGGUACCUGAGGCCGCCGGCACGUCCGAGUCGGCGGCAAGAACUGGGCCUGGUGAUGAAGCCAGGUCGGAGCAGCAGCCUGUCGUGGUCGCCCCCGCGCGGUCUGAGUUCGCCGCCAUGAUGCAAAGUGCGUUGGCGAAGAUCCAAGAAGGUGCCACGGCCGACGACCAAGCCCAAGGGCAGGCAGCGUUCGCCGAGAUGGAGAAGGCAAUGACCGGCCUCAUGGACCUCUCCCACAAGAAGACAUCGGGGCCACCCAAACUCCCUCGCGACUUCGCUACCAGAUGGCCUCAUAGCGACGGCGAUCCACUGCUUGAACGAGUAAUGAAAGAUCCUAUUAUAUUGGCUUCUGGGCAUACUGUUGAUAAAUCAUGCCAACAGUGGUCCGUUGCACACAAAAAUACAUGCCCUGUUACUGGUCACUCCUUGCCCCACUCAGUCACUGCUCCAAACCACCUCCUCCAUGACAUGAUUGCUGAGUGGUGCCUAGACCACUCUAACCUUGCCCGCUCCAGCACUGGUGUUACACGCUCGCUCCCCUUGGUGCCACCUUCAGAGGAUCAAAUUCAAGACAUCCUAGAACUGUUCUCAGGGCAUUCAGUACGGCAGAAAGAGGCCUUGCGGUUGAUCAACCUAAUGUCCAAAACAUCCAAGGGAAUGAAACCUUGCCUUGACAAGUGGCCAGAGCUGAUCCCACUGCUCAUAGAUCUUAGGAAGGAAUGGAACAAUGUAUGGUCAGCUGAUAUUGAGGCGCAGAGGAUCUCACUAUUCCAUAAUUUGUCCAUACACAGGCCCAACAGGGAGAUCCUAGCCUGUCAGAAUGAACUACCAGCUGUUCUAAAGAAUGUCGUCGAGAGGGCAGGAAGGCUCGGAAUUUCAGCAUCAGUCUUGGCCAUGGUAGCUUCUGUAGUCGCAACAUUGUCAGAGUUUGAUGUGUUCAGGAAAAGAAUGGUAAUGAUAGGGGGAAUGAAAAUGCUCACUGGUCUACUCAAGAUUGAGGAUGUUGUAGUAAGGAAGGAGACUGGCGCUGCAAUCCUUGCACUCUGUGCAGAUAAGGAAGCCAAGUUAUCAGCCGCUGUUAAUGACGUGCCUGAUAAGCUGCUGGGGUGCUUCAUGGCCACUGAUGAGUUCCUGCUCCUGCUGCACCGUCUGCCGAAAUCUCCAGAGGCGCUGGACAUGAUCUGUGACAAGGCUGUGGAACUGGUGAAUAUCGUCAUGGGGGACGAUGCAGGUGGAAUGGUGACCUCUCAGGGCAUCCACUCCGCGAUCUCUUUGAUCUUCGUCAUUACUGAGAGGGAUGUGGGUAAGCUGAAGGUGAAGAACGUGGAGGAUUUCAAGGAGCGGCUGCGGGAGCUUUCGUCCAAGAGAAUACCGAUGCAGACGAUGUUUCAUGUGGAAGAAAUAAUCAAGACCCUGUCGGAGAUGUUUCCAGCUCCCACGACGCAGUUACAGAACCAGUAGUGAUCCAGUGGAAGCCGUCUCCAGCCACGUGAAUAGACAAGUCUUUCUGUAUAUUUGUUCGUGUAUGUGUUCCAGACAGCUUUUCACUGCUGUUUGCUUACAUUUUGGUAGUGGUUUCAUUUGUUGAGUGUGACCAUGUAGAGGAACUUCUUCUUAUUGCCUCGUGAGAAAUAUACCUGCAUGCCAUUCUGUGCAUCCUACAGAUAAGUGCAUCAUCUAUAUACCAUAUGUAGACAUCUAAUUCUUUCCCUAGUACAGUAAUGAACAUGGAAAUUUUGGGACCUGGUUGUAGUAUAGUUUUGAUCGAUUCUUGUUUGCUUAAGUA